AUGAAGAAGAGAAGGAUCUUAAGAGCUUUCUAGAAUAACACGAAAAUGUUUCUAUCAGUCAGUCAUACGAAGUAAGUCAUAGAAAAAGCUUGUUAGGCGCUUUAGAAUUGGCCAAACUCUCGAAUAUUCGUGUUACGAAGUAAUAACGUUGGCACGAUAAUAUAAAUUAGAGAAGAACGUGGUAGUACAUAUCUAACGACCUUCGACCUGCUGUCUCGAUUCACUCAACCUUAAAAGCAAUGAGAAGCUUUCAAAGCGAGAACGUUCGUGUCUUCUCGUAAAUCUUAUGAACAACCGAACCGAUUUUGAAGAGAAAGAGAGAGAGAGAGAGAGAAAGAGAGAGAGAGAGAGAGAGAUAGAGAGAGAUAGAGAGAAAACGGAUUAUUUACUACAAGUGACAAGUUCAUCAGAACUUUGUGAAGACGCGUCUUUAAUACUCGAUCAUCAAACGAAUAGAUCAAGUUAAUACAAAACUGUUAAGUGUCGAUUGAAAUUAUUUGUCGAUUUGAUAAUUAAUUUCUAUCCGUCAUGGUGGGUCAAUUCACCAGGAGACAAUGGCUAACUCUCAUAGUGAUCAGUAUCGCGGAUUUUGCUAAUGCCAUCUGCGUAUCUCUUCAAGCACCUUUCUAUCCUCAAGAGGCUGAGAAAAAAGGUGCCUCACCAACCGAAUAUGGAUUGGUCUUUGGUGUUUUCGAGCUUGUGGUUUUCAUCAUCAGUCCUAUUUAUGGGAAACACUUAAACUGGAUCGGUCCGAAGUUGUUAUUCAAUGGCGGUAUCUUGACGACAGGAACUUGUGCUAUCUUUUUCGGUCUGCUGGAUAAGGUCGACGGUCACUAUCCAUUUAUAAUCCUCUCCUUCUUGAUUAGGAUUGUCGAGGCACUUGGAAACGCCGCAUUUCUAACUGCCAGUUUUGCGAUUAUCGCUAAAGAAUUUCCAAAUAAUGUUGCGACGACAUUUGCUAGCUUGGAAACAUUCUUUGGUUUGGGACUUAUUGUUGGUCCUACAGUUGGUGGUGCUCUUUAUCAGGCCGGUGGUUACACAACACCAUUUGUUGUCCUGGGUUCAGCACUCUUUUUAUCAGCUGUCAUGACAGCAUUCAUCCUACCAAUGCAUAAUAAUCGUGAACAGGACGCACAAAACGCCGGAGGUGUUACUAAGGUUCUAAGGAUUCCAGGAGUUUUAGUAGCAACCUUGUCGAUAAUUGCAACUAGUAUGAGUAUAGGAUUCUUACAGGCAACAUUGGAACCACAUUUACGUCAGUUCAGUUUGAGUCCCGUAGUUUUGGGCUUGAUGUUUGUUAUCAAUGGUGGCACUUAUGCUCUUACUGCUCCAAUCUGGGGUUGGUUUUGUGACAAAUAUUCGCAUCCAAAAGUGGCAACAGUCGUAGGAUGUAUUCUCGUUGCUAUUGCAUUCUCUUUGGUAGGACCUGCACCCUUCAUACCAUAUCCUACAUUGGUUUGGAUGACAAUUUGUGGACUCGUUAUACAUGGUUUAGGAAUGUCUGCUCAAUUGGUUGCUAGUUUCACGGAUGCUCUAAGAACAUGCAUAUCUUAUGGAUUUCCAAAUAAUCUUGAAACUUAUGGUUUGAUCAGUGGUCUCUGGACAAGUACUUUCGCAUUGGGAGCCUUUAUUGGUCCCAGUGUAGCUGGUAUUCUUUUAGAUAACAUUGGAUUUAGAAACGCUUCGAUGUUUAUUGUUAUUCUUCACUUGAUGAUUGCUAUAUUAGCUGCAGUGUUUCUUAGCAAUUGUUCGAAAGGACCGAAACCAUACACGGAAAUUGGCGUAGCCGAUGAUAUAAGAGUACCUUUGACGGACAGUGGUCGAUCGAAAAGUGGUAGCUAUCGUGUUGCUCGUGGUCAAAGCGUGCCGAUAGAUAGGCCGAAUGGCAUGAACUCGUUGAUAGCUUGCAACAGUUAUUCUAACAGGGCCGGCGCUUGGUCCAGAGCGUCUUACAGCGGACGAUAUUCUCAUAGUUAUGGCUCGAUCGAAAACAAACGAUAUCUUGAAUUGACUACGUGAUGACAUUUCCGAAAAAAGAAAGACAAACGAGAAAAAAAGAAGAAGAAGAAAAAAAAAAGAAAAGAAAAAAAAAAAAAAAGAAAGAAGAAACGAAAAACAAGAAGAAACGAAAAAUUCCACGAAAAGAUAAAGAAGAUCUUCUUCAAUGAGAAACCUCGAUUCGCGAUAAAAGUUCACAUUGAAUCGCAUUAACGAAGAAAAUGAAUCUCUCUUGUCUUUGCAUUAUUUUCUUUUUUUUUUUUUUCUUUUUCUUUUUCUCUUUCUUUUUCUUAUCAGAACGAACGAACGAGCGAUGUAACUUUUUACCAAUCACGUCUUAUUUCCUUCCUUAUAUCAUUACCUGUGCGUAAAAUAGGUAAAUAAAUUGUGUUCGGAUUUAAAAAGAAUGACGAUGAAGUAGUAUGUUAUAGUUUCGUUUUAUAUGUUCAUUGCAUUUUUAUUUCUUUUUAUUUUUUUUUUUUUUUUUUAUUUUUUUUUUAUUUUGUUUUGUUAAUUUUCAUCUCUUAUGUUUCCGUAAUUAUCAUGUACACGAGGGCAAUUUGUUAGAUAAGCGACUUCGUUCUUUUUUUUCUUGAUGUUUUAAAUGUUACGAAAGAAACAAAAAGGAAAAAAAAAAAAGAAAACAGAGAGGGAAAAAAAAGGAAAAAAAGAACAAAUUCUUUUCAAUGCAUAAAUUUCAUUCUUAAAGCGAACUAAAAAUCGCGAAACUUUUCAAAUUGCCCUAAUAUGUUUUUUGGAUGUGUUUUUUUUGUUUUGUUUUGUUUUGUUUUUGUUUCUUUUAAUACAUAUUUAAAGGAAAGUUCGUGCAUUAUUGAAUACGUUCUUUCGCUAUUUUAAUCU